GAUUUUGUUGUCAAUAGGGAUGGGGGGGGUGGGGGGCGUUGACAGCGGUCUACAUAUUGUGUUCUCCAGCCUUACCAUUCAUGCGUAAUAUGUACUUUUAUGUCCUGCUGAUGUGGAGCUUUACGCCAGAUCUCACAUUCUGACCCAAUGCGGAGAGUUCACUGCAUGGUUGACGUUUCGAUUCAUUUCAUGGUGAUGCGGAUAGAGACGUGAUGUGUCCAUAGAGUAAAGCCGCCACUAUCCUCAUCCUUAUGGUUGCAGAUUGCACGAUGCUGGGUAAAGUCGACGACAAAGACGCUGGACGUUGUUCAGAAUGUGGAUGUAAAUUCAGACUACGGAAGGAGCAGACCCCGUUGGCCCCCUCCACCACUCCAGCCGGGCGAGGACGGCACAGAACCGACGACCCCUCCAGAUGCCCGUCCUGUCUCCGAUCCCCCCCGGGACGCCGCCCCCAGAGGCGCCUCCGCCCGGACCCUCACAGCUGCCCUGACUGUGACAAGACCUUCAUUUCCCUGACCCACUUGACUGUUCACCUCGCUUCUCACAGCAAGGGGAGGAAGUUCAAAUGCGGGACCUGCGGCAAGUCCUUCCAUCAGUCCUCCCACCUGGUGGCUCACAAAAUGAUCCACAGCGGGGAUCGGCCCUUUAAGUGCCCGGUGUGUGGGAAGAGCUUUGGCCGGGCCUCGCACCUCAAGACCCACCAGCGGCUCCACACGGGGGAGAAGCCGUACUCAUGCUCCUACUGCAGCAAAGCCUUCUCUCAGAAGGCUGGGCUGAUGGCGCACGUUCGCCUGCACACGGGGGAACGCCCUUACAAGUGUGACAGGUGUGGGGAUGCCUUCCGCUCCCUGUCCAACCUGCUGUGCCAUAGAGCGCAGGAGUCCCCCGAGCCGGCAGCGCCCCCGCAUGGGUCCAUUCCCACGGCCCGGCAGCGCCACACCCCGCUGGACCCGCCCCCCGAGUGCCUGAACUGCGGGGUCUGCUGUCGUACCUUUGUGCGCUCCUCUUAUAUACGGCUGUACGUGCGCCUCAAAAAGGGCCAGCGACCCUACCACUGCAAGGUGUGUAACAAAACCUUUGUCAAGAUGGAUACCUUUGUCAGCCACUGUGAUAAACACUUGAGGCAUAAGAAGGUCAAAGGUGGGAGCGAGGAGGUUAAAGAGAAAGUGGUCAAAGCUCCCUUGUUUGUCCCACUGUCCCGACCGCCUCCCCCUCCUCCGCCGUCGCCAAGUGGGGCCAUCUCCUCGGAGGUCACCACUCGCUCCAGAACCAGGGCCAGGGUUAAGAUGGAGCCGUGACCUUGUGAAGCACAGCUAAUGGCUUCCCCAACCGACCACAUGAGGCUGAGGUCAUGGUCAUGUCUUGGGUCCUCAUGGUAAACAUAGAUAAUUUUUAGACGUACCCAUUAGAUGAACGUCAACAUGUGAUUCAGAAGAACAUAGCCAGAUACUCUCAUAAGAAGGCCCCCAAGAUUUCAUUUUAUGUCUUCCAGCCAAGUGUCUGGAUAGAAUCAUCUACAUGGGGGGGGUAGAUUCCCUAAUAGAACACACCUUCUUUCUUCUGCUAGUUUUUGUUAUUUGUGUUAAAGAAACAUAUAGUAUUUCAAACAAAUGUAUUGCAUUUCAUUACUACAUGAUGAAUAGAUUGACUGACACGCCGCCUAUUAUGUUAGCAAUGCGGAUACAGUGAAAUUAUUUUUAAGUCAAUAUUUCCAAUUAGAAAUAGCAGUUAAUAGCACUUAACUGGCACUUUUUAACCUGACACCUAAAAUCCUUGUUAAAUUAAAAUGGUAUUUUGUACCAUGAAUGAAUUGUUGCAUGUGCUUAUUUUCAAUACAUAUUGCUGUGAUUGCAAUAAAAAUGUAAAACAAUGAAUACAAGAAAAAACACA